AUGGAUCCAGUCAGUCUCGGAGCGAGCGCCGUCGCAUUCCUUGGCGUGGGCAUCCACGCAGCAAGAGCCCUCCACGCCAUACUCUCUGGUAUCAAGGACGGCCCAGAAAAUGUCAAGCGUGCCUCGGAUAGCGUCUGGGGGCUGGUUCCGAUACUGGAAGAUUUAGCAAGACGUCGCGCGUUGGGUCAAGACGGCAAAGCGGUCCUCGAGCGACGCCUUCUCAUGUGUGUCGAAGAUCUCGAGGGAUUCGCCUCCAAGAUUGACAGGAUCUCCCUGAGCGACUCUGAGCGUCGGCGCGGGAAAUACUGGAAGAAGGUGAGGAUGGUCUUCAGCGAGAAGGCUCUUGCUACAAUGUGCGCGGUAACUUCAGGUCACGUAGCGGCGAUUAAUCUGCAACUCAAUGUGAUGUCGAGUGAUGCCGUUUUCGCCAUGCCAGACCAACUCAACGAAAUAAAGCAGGCAGUCCUUGCGCAGCGAACAGAUGGGGCCGAGAGUCUAGCGGCUUUAAUAAAUCAGAAAGCAACCAUCGGAGAACUCCUAACUGAGGUCUCUCGCAUUGGAAAUGGCGUCGAUACUGUUCAACAGACGAUAACAACUCUCACCGCGGCAAGACUAACUACGAACGACGAGACGCGCGAUAUGGUCCACCAGAUCCUCCGCCUUGCCAUGGGCCUAUCAGCUGGCGAGGAAGGAAUUCAAGUCCUUCUCGACCGAGGUUUCGACAUUCACGAUAGCGAUGAGGACGGUCGCACACCUCUACAAAAUUGCUUCAACGGCAAUGUGCACCUUGGCGAAUUUACGAGCAACCCACGUUGGAUUGGAGCGAGCCGAGUUCGAUCGCUAGCCAACGGGAUCAUCACUUUGAUUCAACACGGCGCAGAUAUUCACGGGAUAGACUAUUUGGGGCAUUCGGUUUCUCACAAAGCAUAUCAUCCCAAACACGGAGACUCCGGUUUAUGGGACGAUGAUGGGAGUUUGCGCGGAGACCUUUGGGACUAUGCUCUAACAAUGUGUGGCUACGACAUCUCCGAAUUCGGUGGUGCAUACUGUAGGCGAGCGCGGUACACCAAACGGUAUCGAAGAGCGGAUUUUGAGGCACUGUGGGAAGGUAAUGAGCACCUGUGCCCCUACUUUAACAGCCGAAAAUGCCGUUGUGCUCGCCAUUCGCUGGGGCAGGAGAUGGAUGACUCGAGCGACUGGGUUUCAACUUCUGAAGAUGAAGAUGAAUGUGAGAUGGGUGAUUAUGAAGAGCAUGACUGGGAGUCUGAAGUAUGCUCCAGUUUGAGCUGGGACUCUGAGUACGAAGAUCAACUUAGUAGCGAUAGCGAAAGCGAUGGAUCUGACAUGGAUCAUAACUGCAUUGAUCAGGAGGACACGUCUAGCGAUGCCUCGGAAAGCGGGUGGGAAACGGACGAUAGCGAAUCAGGGCCUACUUUAUAG